CAUCAAAGUUCGCCCGCCAUUCAUCAACGGCCAACAAGAAACUCGGCGAGAGCAAAACCCCCAAUCAAGCAGCAACAGGUCAACAAGCACAGAACAGAUCCCAACCGCAUCUUUCAAAGUAAAACACCCCCAACAUGUCCCCUCCAGAAAUCCUUUGGGCUCAACGAAGCAGCAGCGAUGAGCCUACCCAAAACAUCAUUUACCUUACUAUCAAUGUUCCCGAUCUCCAGCCCGGUUACAGCCUGACUUUCCCGACCCCUUCAUCGAUUUCCUUUACUGGAACUUCAGGGGGCUCGAAAGCCGUCGCCUCAAAGUCGUUCGAAAUCGAAUCUCUCGAACUCUUUGGAGAGAUCGAUUUGGAGGCCGACAGGAAAGAAAAACUCACCGGGAAAAGUCUGCAGCUCGUACUAACCAAGAAGGAUUUGAACGACGAAUACUGGCCUCGGUUGACGAAGGACAAAAGAGUUAACUUUGUCAAGACAGAUUUCGCGCUUUGGGUCGAUGAGGACGAACAAAAUGGAGUCGCAGUCGAUGAAGGCUUUGCCUCAACCGGUGCCCCACCUGGUGCAGGAAUGGAUAUGGAAGCCAUGAUGGCGCAAAUGGGUGGUAUGGGCGGUAUGGGCGGAAUGGGUGGAAUGGGCGACAUGGCCGGCAUGGCUGGUAUGGGCGGCAUGGGCGGCAUGGGUGGAGCAGGUGGAAUGCCCACGCUAAGUGGAAUGCAAGGCGCGGGUGGCGGCGGUGCUGAUGGUAUGGAUCUUGAGAAACUUAUGGCCCAAAUGAAAGCGCGACGUAGCGAAGGGGCAGAGGAUGAUGGAAAAAGUGACGAUUCCACCAGUAGCGACGAAAUGCCUGCUUUAGAUGAGCCUGAGCAAGCUCCACCAGCUGCUGUAGAGCCUUCUCCAGAAGCAGCCUCGGCUUAAUUGGUUUUGUAAAAAAAGAUCCAAAAAUAAAACAUGGCACCGCCGUACUCGUUUGAAUUGAUUCAGGUGACUAUGUCAGCUCCAGUGGCCUAUCAACUCAUACCGCUCCCUUGAAGAAGGCUCUGUGUAAAGGAUAUUCUUGUCCAACUAUAUAGCCUGUCCAAUUGAGAGGGAACCUCUACUUUAUAUUUCUCUGCUAUUUCUUUUGUUUUACCAAUGAACCACAUAUCCUAGAAUUCACAGAUAGAAAAUUUGCCUAUCCAAUCGUCCUCCAUUGGCAAGGAUCCCAGCCUGGUUAGUGAAGAUGCGUCAUCGGGUCGAAAACGAGCCCCGGUCCGCAAGAAACCCCGAAAUGUUUCUAUUGCAUAGGUUCAUUUCAUUUCCGUUCUCUGUUUUCCUUUCUGCUCCAUGUCUUUGCCUUUCUUACCAAUACAGCGGAUAUCCCAUGAAGACUUCCUGUGGACACCAAUUCGAAUGUAGCUUGAACGAUCUUCGCUGUGAGGCCAAAUGCAAUCAGUUCUAAUCAAAUCUACGCAAGCUGUUAAAGUUUGAAGUGCCUGUCUAGUACCACGAAUCUGGAUCCUCGUGAACUACUUGAGCUGUUGUCAUUUGAAAGCAAUAAACGUCCGGCUGUCAAUUGGCG